AUGAUGGAAGAUGAAUGUGCCUCCAACACUAUUCCAGUGCCUAAUGUCGAUGCCAAUAUACUCGCGAUGGUGAUUGAAUUCUGUAAGAAGCAUGCUGAAUCUGAAGCUGAAGCAGCCAGUGAUCUCAAAACGUUGGACUCUGAGUUUGCAAAUAGAGGUCAGGAAGCUCUUUACGAUCUGAUAACGGCAGCCAACUUUCUCGAUGUGAAGGAAUUGCUGGAUGCACUGUGCCAGAAUGUGGCGGAAAUGAUCAAAGGAAAGUCGGUUCACCAGAUUCGCAUCCAAUUUCUGGGUUACCAACUUUUUGAGAUACUCACAUCCAAUUUUAUUUGGAAUAUUUGGUGUGACAGAGAUUUUGAUUAA